AUGCGUCUCCUCCUGCUCGUCGCCGCAUUCCACCCUCGUCUGCUCCUCUCCACCGCUCGUCCCCUCGCUCACCAAUGGCAGCGCGGGUUCGCGGCGAAGGACAUCCGGUUCGGCGUGGAGGCGCGGGCCGCCAUGCUGCAAGGCGUGGAGCAACUCGCCGACGCCGUGCGGGUCACCAUGGGACCCAAGGGGCGGCAAGUGGUGAUCGAGCAGCCAUACGGGUCUCCCAAGAUCACCAAAGACGGGGUGACGGUGGCGAGGAGCAUCGAGUUCAAGGACAAGCUCAAGAACCUCGGCGCCAGCCUCGUCAAGCAGGUCGCCUCCACCACCAACGACACCGCUGGCGACGGCACCACGUGCGCCACCGUGCUCACGCGCUCGAUUCUCCUGGAAGGGUGCAAGUCCGUCGCCGCGGGCAUGAACGCCAUGGAUUUGAGGAGAGGGAUCUCGCUGGCAGUGGAGCGGGUGAUUGAGCUGCUCAAGGAGCGCUCCAGACGCAUCAGCACUUCCGAGGAGAUCGCCCAGGUUGGCACCAUCUCGGCGAAUGGCGAGAGGGAGAUUGGGGAUUUGAUUGCGCGGGCCAUGGAGAAGGUCGGCAAGGAGGGCGUUAUCACUGUCGCGGACGGCAAGACGCUCUAUAACGAGUUGGAGGUGGUGGAGGGAAUGAAGUUCGACCGCGGCUACAUCUCGCCCUACUUCAUCACCAACCCCAAGACGCAGAAAUGCGAGCUGGAGAACCCCUUGGUGCUGGUGCACGAGAAGAAGAUCGCUGGGCUCAGCUCCAUCCUGCCCGUCCUUGAAAUCGCCCUCAAGUACCAGCGCCCGCUGCUGAUCAUUGCAGAGGACGUGGAGAGCGAGGCACUGGCGACAUUGGUGGUGAACAAGCUGCGGGCGGGGCUCAAGGUGUGUGCAGUGAAGGCGCCCGGGUUCGGCGAGAACAGGAAGAACAACAUGAUUGACAUCGCCACGCUCACCGCCUCCCAGUUGAUCAGUGAGGACUUGGGGUAUUCAUUGGAGAAGGUGGAUGUGUCUCACCUGGGCUCUGCCAAGAAGGUGACGAUAUCGAAGGACGACAGCAUCGUUUUGGAUGGAGCUGGCGACAAGAAGGCCCUGGAGGAGCGGUGUGAGCAGAUCCGUGAGGCAGUGGCCAACGCCACAUCGGAUUAUGACAAGGAGAAGCUCCAGGAGCGCCUGGCGAAGCUCUCUGGCGGUGUGGCUGUCCUCAAGAUCGGCGGAGCCAGCGAGGUGGAGGUGGGGGAGAAGAAGGACCGGGUGACGGACGCACUGAACGCCACCAAGGCCGCCGUGGAGGAGGGCAUCGUGCCGGGUGGCGGUGUGGCUCUGCUCUAUGCGUCCAGGGAUCUCGAUACCCUCACUGCUGAGAACUUCGACCAGAAAGUGGGCAUUCAGAUCAUCAGGGACGCGCUUAGGACGCCAGCGCUGACCAUCGCGAACAAUGCGGGCGUGGAGGGCGCAGUGAUCGUGGGCAAGCUGUUGGAGCAGAGCAACCUUGACUGGGGCUACGACGCUGCCAAGGGCGAGUACGUGGACAUGGUGAAGGCCGGAAUCAUCGAUCCCCUCAAGGUAAUCCGCACGGCGCUCGUGGACGCUGCAUCUGUGGCUUCUCUCAUGACCACCACCGAGGCUGUUGUCGUUGACCUUCCGGAAGAUCCCAAGCCCAGCCCCAUGGGCGGCAUGGGCGGCAUGGGUGGCAUGGGCGGCAUGGACUACUAG